AUGUACAAUGUUAUAAUACCAACAUAUAAUGAAAGAGAGAAUAUUAAGGUUCUGCUACGGAUGGUUUCAGAUGUCAUGAAGGAAGAAGGGAAACCGUUCAAAAUAAUUGUUGUGGAUGAUAACAGCCCUGAUGGCACUCGUGUGGUUGUAGAGUCGAUGGGGCUCCCCAACGUGUGUCUUUUAUCAAGGAAGAAGAAACUUGGACUCGGAAGUGCAUAUAGGACAGCCCUCGGGCACUGUGAAUACCCAUUUACUAUUGUGAUGGACGGAGAUUUAUCUCAUGAUCCCAUGUAUAUCAAGACUAUGAUUGAGCUUCAAAGGAAAGGGGCCGAGAUAGUUGUAGGAAGUCGGUACGCCGAAGGAGGGGGAGUGUAUGGGUGGUCUAUGAAGAGAAAAAUCAUAAGCCUGGGUGCAAACAAUCUUGCCAGGACAUUCCUUAACAUAAAUGUAUCUGACGUUACAGGAAGCUUUCGAUUAUAUAAAACAGAGGCAUUCAGAGCAUUGGUUGAGAAGUCUGUGUCUACAGGAUAUUCUUUUCAGAUGGAGCUGAUGUGCUUGGCAAAGAGACAUGGAUUUACAAUAUCUGAGUGUCCAAUAGUUUUCCAUGAUAGAAGAAGAGGAGAGUCGAAGCUGUCUUUGAUGGAGAUUGUGAUGUACUUAAGAACGAUAGUCUUGCUGUUUUUCAGUGUCUAA